AUGACCCUUAUUUUGGUGAGAACAAUAAAAAGAACUACAAAUAUAGUUAAAAAUUUAUAUGAAGGGUUAGGUAAUUAUUUAUCUCCCAGUAAUUUUACAUAUAUGUGGAGUUUAGGUUCUAUUGCAUUAUUUUGUUUAAUUAUACAAAUAGUGUCAGGUUUGUUUUUAUCAAUGUUUUAUAAGCCAGAUAUAAACAUGGCAUUUAGUUCUGUAGAAUAUAUCAAUAGAGAGUUAUAUUAUGGUUGACUAGUGAGGUAUAUUCAUAUGAAUGGUGCUUCAAUAUUUUUUUUAAUUGUAUAUUUACAUAUGACAAAACAUAUAUUAUAUGGAUCAUAUAGUUAUCCAAGGCAAGUAUUAUGGUUCAGUGGUAUGUUAAUAUUUUUUUGUAUGAUGGCAACUGCAUUUAUGGGAUAUGUAUUACCAUGAGGGCAAAUGAGUUUAUGAGGAGCAACAGUAAUAACAAAUAUAUUUUCAGCAAUACCAGUAAUAGGUGUUGAUUUUGUAUAUUGAUUAUGAGGCGGAUUAUCAGUAGAAAAUGCAACAUUAAGUAGAUUUUAUAGUUUGCAUUUUUUAUUUCCAUUUGUAAUAUUAGGGUUAUCAAUAAUACAUUUGAUAUUUCUACAUGAAUUUGGAUCAAAUAAUCCAUUAGGAGUAAUAUCAAGAACAGAUAAUGUAAAUUUUUAUAUAAAUUUUGUAAUAAAAGAUUUAUAUUCUUGAUUGUUACUAUUUUUAUUUUUUAGUUUUUUUGUAUUUUUUCAACCAAAUUAUUUUGGGCAUCCAGAUAAUUACAUAUUAGGUGAUUUUAUGGUUACACCAACACAAAUAGUACCCGAAUGGUAUUUUUUACCUGUUAUAUAG